GAUCUGAGAAGUCGGAUUCAAAGCGGAGUAUUUUUCACUGUGGAAGACCUUUUGAGGAUAGGGGGUUUCAAUCUAUAUUGUGAUGUGAAUUAUGAAAAUUAUAUUAUCUCCUAAAGAAACAAUUGUACAGAUGUGGUCGUAACAAAAAAAAUUAAAAACUCGAAUUGUUUCAUUCACGGGAUCCAGAUACUUUCGAGACACGGACAUUCCGGUUCAGGGGCAGAACUCCGAUUAGCCAGGUUUGUCUCCAUGCAGUAAACUCCAGGCUCACGAGCAGAACUCUGAUUAGCCAGGUUUGCCUCCGUGUAGUAAACUCCGGGCUCAGUAGCAGAACUCAGAUUAGCAAGGCUCGCCUCCAUGCAGUAAACUCCGAUUAACUGGCUUAGAAGAGGUCGGUUUGAUCACUGCAUUUUUGGCCGCUCCCUCCCGGGGUAAACGACUCGACCAACCACUUCAGCUACAGAAGACACCCCCAAGAUGAGGACGGUGUUCAAAGUCCUCGUGGGUGUCGUCGUGUUUAUCCUUACCGUCCAGCUGUUGAUGAGGUGGGAUGUCGUCACACAAAAACAGAAACUGGUGCCACAACCCGACCAUGUAGAGAGGAAAACUUUGGUGAAGUUGGAGAAGGCGAGUAAGAAACCUGCUGGCGACGGGAGGACUGAAGAGAGGGUUGAAACCGGCGGAUCAGUGUCGGAUGAUAAAACUAGCAAUGAUGUGGAUGACAAAGAAGAUGAGGACGAGGCAGAGAUGAGACGACUGGAGAGCUCGCCUUAUAUUUACAACGAAAAACGAGAGAGGUUAAAAAUGUCACGGCCAAUGGUGGACAGGUCAAUCAAGUACGUCACCUACUUGAACCUGCCAGGAAAGGAACACAAGAAGCAGACAUUCAAUGACUGCCAAUACAGCCUGUGCAACUAUACGACCAACCUCACAUUAGCUGAUGCAGUACUGACCUACGGUUCCUUUGUCAGGACGUAUGAUUUUCCUACUUUUGAUCGACCUCCUGGACAAAGGUGGAUAUUCUUCAACUUUGACCCGGCGAUAAAAAACUAUAACCUGGACAGGGAAGAGGUCAAGUCUGUGUUUAACUGGACCUUGACCUACCAGCUGAGCGCAGAUAUCCCGGUCGUCUAUGGACUCUUGGGGAAAUACGAGCCACCGUUCAAGGACAUAGAUCGAAUCUACGACGGUAAAUCAAAGAACGUCGCCUGGUUUGUCAGCCAUUGUAACACCUGGGGGCUCAGGGAGGUCUACGUCCGCAGGAUGAGUUCCGUCCUGCCCGUGGACAUCUUCGGCGAUUGCGGGAACUUGACCUGUGGGGCGGGGUACCGGUUCAAUGACUCGGCUCUGUGUUUGCCGAUGUUGUCUAGAGAAUACAAGUUUUAUCUGGCAUUCGAGAACUCUUUCUGCAAGGACUACGUCACCGAGAAAUUUUUCAAACUCUUCAAAGACGUUGACAUCAUACCUGUGGUUAGAGGUGACUUUAACUACAAGAAAUACCUGCCCUCUGGGAUCUUUGUCGACGCCGCUGAUUUUUCUUCACCAGAAGAACUGGCCAGGUACUUGUUGGAGCUUGGGGCCGACAAGAAAAGAUACACAGAAAUGUUGCGGAGAAAGAAUAGGUGGCGCUAUGUUCCGGAAGCCAGGUUGUUAUGUAAGGUGUGUGAGAAGCUGCACACUGACCAGAGGACAGGGCAUAUUGAGAGUAUAAAAGACAAGUUUAAUGGAUCACCUUCGGAUUGUCACGAGCCUACAGAUUUGGAGCAUUCAACUGAGUCCAGUUCAUAUUUGGCCAUCUUAUAAUCUCAACUCAGAUCAUCUACGGCCACUAUUUUUGUUCAGUCCAUUUUAAUCUGGUCCAUUUUUCUUUCAUUUCAUUUUUAUCUUAUCAAUAUUCAGCCAGUCCAUUGUUGUAUAGUCCGUCUUCUAAAGGUCUAAUUUGUGUAUUAUAUUAAAUCAUCCACACCAAGAACAUGGCUAAUCCAUUUUUUGUAUGCUCCAUCUUGUCCAGACCAUCUUUGCUCGUCUUUUUCAUUUAAUCCAUCCCUUAUCUAGUUCCUGUAUGUCCAACCAAUGUUCGUCUAAUUCGUCUUUAUCAAAAGUAUCCUUCAAUCAUUACAUCCCAUAGAUCUGUAACUAUCGAAUGUAUCCAGCUUAUAGAUAUACUAGCCGUACGUUCUCGUUACUCGUGAAUUAUAGGCCUCUAUAUUUUAAUGUUAUAUUUGUUUGAGAAAAAUAUUUUAUAAAAUAGUUGUUGGUCAAAACGCAAUUUGCUUUACUACACGUUGAACGAUAUUAGUGACAAAGCAAAGAAAUAACUAAAUAGCUA